UAUUGUUAUAUUAGUGUAUAAAUAGUAGAUAAAGACAGACGAUUUUGUGUAUAAUAUAUACCGAAUUGGUCGAAUUAAGACCAGCAAAAUGCUGCCUAUCGUUUUGGUAUUAUUCGUCGCUGCGGGCUCUUUUGCCGCCCCAUCUGUGAGCAUCAUCCAAGCUGGUAUCAAUCAAAUCCCUCGCCUCCCUGACGAUGGCAGACUCGUAAACAGCCAAGUCAUUGACAGCGCAUUCGAAUCCUACGAUGGUGGAGACACCAAUAUCUACAUCCUGACCAUCCAGGAGAUCCUCAAGGACCUGGCCAGCAGAUCAGACGCCGACAGCCAGAGCCUCGCUGUCGGAAGCGCUAUCGCCACUCUUGGUGAGCUCGCUCCAGGAACCCCAGGAGACGCUUGUCAAAAUGCAGCUCUCAUCAACGCCGUCGCCGGCGGAGUCGGAUCAUCAGCUCUGGGCAGCUGGGCCAAUGGAAUUUCGAAUGCUAUUGACAAUAUCGUCCUUCUCGUCAACAACCCCAACGCUGCCCGUAACGCCGUUGGCGCACGCGGAAACUGCGCUGGAGGUGGGCGAUCCUACCAAUUCGAAGCAGCUUGGAAUGCGGCCUUUGAAACCUCCAACCCAUACAACAUUGGCCUGAUCAACGAGCAGUACUGCGCAGCCAAGCGCCUGUACGGAGCCCUGAACAACCGCAGCAACAACGUAGGAGCCGCUGUGUCCGCCGCCGCCACCGCCCCGGCCAGAGCUGCCCUCCAACAGGCUCUGCCACAGCUCGCCAACUUCCUGAGAGUAGUCGGCAAUGGUGGCAACCCAGCAGGCGCCGCCAGCGCAGCCAAGUCUGCAAUCAGAAGCGCCGCCGCCAACGUCCAAGCCACCGGCCUUUACUGAAAAGUUCUUUGACCGCACAUCCCACUUGUACAUAUAGUAUAUAUAUAUAUAAUUUAUCACACACCACUCUUUUAUAUACUAUAUACGGUUUCAUAUACAAACGCCGCGAAAUCACGGUUGUUAUUCUAAAUAGUAAACUGGUAUUCGUAGCACCUUUUCGUGAUCACAAUAGAUAAUUUUAUUUUUAUGUAAAUAUACGUUUAUAUUUAACUAACAAGACCUGGCUUUUCAUUUAACGGAUUUUUUUUCAAUAAAGAUGUAUCCAACUUCAAUUUUUA